UUUUGCUUUCAUCUUUUGCAUAAGUACUGCUGAUUCGUGUAUGGUUUUUCAUUACAUAGAUAAAUUAUUGCUGAUAUUAAAGAAUUGUCUUUUCGAGCUUUUGAAAGCAGAUUGGAAAUACUGGUGUUCGAGAGUAGUGGUACCCGGGAAUAAAUAAACCAGUCCGUGCGGAAGUUCUCGUUAUCUCGUAGUGUUGGGCGAGAGUUGAGGGAAUUUGUUAUCGUCUGCAGCUAGUUUCUCCAUGCUGGAUUAGUGUCUUCAUUUUUUCGUCAUUUCGAUUUCUUUGUACGGAUUUCUCAGGGUGUGCCAAAAUGGUUUAUUCUUACCAUCCUCACACCGGUAGAUUUGAGCAGAGCACGAGAUCGACUGUGCGCGCGUCUACAGUUGGGCCCUACGUAGGCAGUUACUUGAGCAGACGAUCAUAUGACGAUGACGUUCUCUACAGGCCCAGCAGAAUGCCACUGUACCAUCGCCCGUACGACACAACCGGGAAUGAGUAUGCCACCCACGGCCAAAUCAACCGAGAGUUGAUCAUGUCAACAUCCGCCAUGGAGGACAACUACGACAUCACGAACAGGUCACGUGCACGCGACAGGGAGGUCCUCACUGCCGCCAACCGCGCAAUCACCACGGAUGGUUACUCGAACUCGAGUGAGCAGGCACCAUCCAGCAUGGGAAGACAGCGACGAUCAACAGUCCGCUCAUUUCGCUCUGCUCCAAGGUCGCAGAGCGUCCCCGUAAAACGACCAACAUAUUCCGCAGACACAACAACAAAUAUCAUAUCUUCAUCUGGCCUGAAGGCAUCAGCGCCUCCAACGCCAUCACAAUAUGUCAACUAUUCAAAGCAUUUAGACCUAAACAAAUCCCUCCAAAACAGCCAGUACGAACCAAUGUAUUCAAACCGAGUACGGACCUCAUAUUCCCCAUUACGUACUUUGUCUCCUUACCGGUCAGAGUCGCCUUACCGGUCAGAGUCGCCAUACCGGUCAGAUUCACCAUUCAGAUCAGACUCCCGAUAUAGAUCAGUUUCCCCAUAUAGGUCACAGUCCCCGUUACAAAUUGAACCAAAGUCCACAGUUAUUAAACGGCGAAAACCUCCAAGGGUAUUGGCGUCAAAGAGACGAGUAGGCAAUUACUACAGCAGGCUUUUGACCCGAAGGGGCUCAGGUGGAAGGCCCGGGAAAUAUUGGCCUUACAUUGACGUUGAAGAUAUAGAAUCUGAAAAUGUGGCCGAUUUGUUUGAAAACAAUGGUGACUUAGGUGAAUCUAACGAUUAUUUAUGUGAGACUUCACAUAGUCCCAGCUACAAUUACGUCUUUGAUACAGGGGAUGGGAGUAGAUCGUACACUGUAGAACCACUGUCCCUUGCAUAUGACAAUGAAGACACUGACAUUCCUGACGAGUACGUCCCUUUCAAACCUAGAUACAGAGAACCUAGUCCUGACAGAGACUAUUCACAGAUGUCCGUUCUACCGUACAUCCCAAAGCGUGACCCCACAAAGAACUCGUUGCAAGACGAUUUAAAUUUCAAUGCCCUUGUCGCACAGUCGGCCUCCAGAGCUAGAAAAGCUCUCGAAAAUAUUAACUGGGCUAACUAUGAUAGUGCCGGACUUGUACUGAGUGUAGAAGGAGAGUAUAUACCACCAGAACAAAACACAGCUCUUGGCUUUAGAUAUGUCAGUCGCCCAAUUAUGCUGAAAGUCCCUGCAGCUCAAAGAGUUAGUUACAAGGAUUCUGACAAUGCGUUCACAAAGUACAUGACAGACCUUCGUAAAUUCAGGGAUGAGAUCAGACAAAGACUUGAGGAAGGUUACAGUACUUUAAACAAACAUUCAGCAACCCACUAUGAAACACCAGCAAUCGACUACUCUUCCACACCAUCAUACACUUCAUCAUAUUCCCGACCAACACGCUCGUAUCGCCGGUAUGUUACAAGUGGCGAUGACGAGAGUAAAUUUGGCCACAGUCUAGAGUUGUACCCAGUCACAAGUAGGUCAUCGUCAAAAAGUAGGGCAUUGUUAGAUUCGGAAGAUCAUGUACCGCAUAUGGCAAGUGUACUGAAAAGUUAUGACGUGAAACACGACAGGGAUACGAAAAGUGGCACUCUAGCAAGGAUUGAGGUCAAGGCGGCACUUCUGGGUAGCAAAGUGGAGGCUCUCAUGCCCGAGAGAAAACGCCGCCCGAAAUCUAGCUACGCCCAGGCUAGAGUCAGGAAUUUAGAGAGGGAAAGGAGGGUCAGCGGAGAACCUGAGGCACCGGUAUUCGUCGGGGAGACUACCAGUCUGAAAGCUCACACACCUGUUCGCAACAACUCCGCUCUGACAAAAGCACAUUGGGAUGUUGAUGGAAUCAAACGGCCAAAUAUAAUGUCAAUGGAGAAAAGGCUGGACACACUCGUGUCUCCAGAUGACCUGAUCAUAGUCCCGCGAACGUUUGGCGGCUUAAAAAAUCAAUUGCGAGACAUCCACGAUAAACUUGACCGUCACAAACAGCUCAUGGAUAGAUACCUUGUAACAGACUCAGGGCUGACUUCUGAUGACAUGCAGGCGUUGGCAGCAUCCAAGGCAUAUUUGGGGGCGAGAGCUGUUUAGCUACAGACUCUACUAAGCUGCGUAACGAAGUCAAAAAGCAAUCGGAACGAGGGAAAGACAAGAGACGCUAGUUUAAUAAAAAGACACCUAUCUGCAUAGUGAUACAUUUGGACAAUGCGUCACCGGCUACGUCAUAAAUGUUGCGCAUGCGUGAAAAACGCCUACUUCUGCAGUUACCGCCAGUUUUCUUACUUAAGAUCUAUAGACUAUGUAUAACAAGUAUAGACUCAGCAAUCAUUUUUAUUUCGGUUUCUAUAUAUAAUUUGUUACAUCUACUAUCUCAGAUCCCAUAUGUAUUAUUCUUCAUACUAUUUACUUAUUGUUGAUUGUAUACAUAAACAAUGUAGUAUAAUACUGGUUUGAAAUCUAUGUAAAUAAAUGUGUUGAUAUAUCUUAUCUUAUAUAACUGGUAUUUCCUGAGUCUGUGUUAUGAAACCUGUAAUUUAUUUUCCCAAAAAUGUAUUUUAAUUUCAUUUGCUUUUCUUUGUUGAUACUUGUGAUAGAAAGUUCGUUAUGUCAGUUGAAUAUAUGUUAAGUUUGCAUAAAGUUUAGGUGAAAUGAAGCUUUGAACUUGAUUUACACUGAAUGUACAUAGGGAAAUAAUUUAUUUUAAUGUUUAUAUUUCGAACUAAAAUAUCUUACUAAAACAGCCCGUACGAAUAUUCUUAGAAAAUGCUAUAUUUUCAUCUAACUCGGACAUAAUUUAAUUUCAAAAAUGAUUGAACAGAUAAUAAAUCAAUACUUUAAUUAAACAUGUAUUUAGUGUGGUCUCCAUUUGUAUCACGUCAAAACCAUCCAUGUACUGUUCAAGAUAGAAGUCCUUUUUGUAGAUUAUUCAGACGUAUUGGGUUCUAUAAAUCAGACAGCUUCAUCCUGCGGUUUGUUGCUAAAACGUGGUUUCGUGUUUUUGUGUAAAUCAAUAAAUUUCGAAAUCACACCAUAAA